GGCCACAGCGCCCGGGGACUCUGCCCUGACUCUCGCGGCACCAUGUACAGCGCGCUCCGGCUCGUCGCGCGCCCACGGCGCCUCUUCCGGGCUCCGGGCGCAGCCUCGGCUCCGGUCUCCUGUGGCGCGGCGGCCCACCCCUGCCGGCCCCCGAGCGCCGCGCGAAUGGCAUCUCAAAAUUCCUUUCGAAUCGAAUAUGAUACCUUUGGUGAACUGAAGGUCCCGAAUGAUAAGUAUUAUGGUGCCCAGACCGUGAGAUCCACCAUGAACUUUAAGAUUGGAGGUGCGACAGAGCGCAUGCCGAUUCCAGUUAUUAAAGCUUUUGGCAUCCUGAAGCGAGCAGCUGCUGAAGUAAACCAGGAUUAUGGUCUUGAUCCAAAGAUUGCUAAUGCAAUAAUGAAGGCAGCAGAUGAGGUAGCUGAAGGUAAAUUAAAUGAGCAUUUUCCUCUCGUGGUGUGGCAGACUGGAUCAGGAACGCAGACAAAUAUGAAUGUAAAUGAAGUCAUUAGCAAUAGAGCAAUUGAAAUGCUAGGAGGUGAACUUGGCAGCAAGAAGCCCGUGCACCCCAAUGAUCAUGUUAAUAAAAGCCAGAGCUCAAAUGACACUUUCCCCACAGCAAUGCACAUUGCUGCUGCAAUAGAAGUUCAUGAAGUGCUGCUCCCGGGACUGCAGAAGCUACACGAUGCCCUCGAUGCCAAGUCCAAAGAGUUUGCCCAGAUCAUCAAAAUUGGGCGCACUCACACACAGGAUGCUGUUCCGCUGACGCUUGGGCAGGAAUUUAGUGGUUAUGUUCAACAAGUGAAGUAUGCAAUGACGAGAAUACAAGCUGCCAUGCCGAGAAUCUACGAGCUAGCAGCUGGAGGCACUGCUGUCGGUACUGGUUUGAAUACUAGAAUUGGCUUUGCAGAAAAGGUUGCUGCCAAAGUGGCUGCACUCACAGGCUUGCCCUUUGUCACAGCUCCGAAUAAAUUUGAAGCUCUGGCUGCUCAUGAUGCUUUGGUUGAACUCAGUGGAGCCAUGAACACUACCGCUUGCAGUCUGAUGAAGAUAGCAAAUGAUAUUCGAUUUCUGGGUUCUGGUCCUCGUUCCGGUCUGGGAGAACUGAUCUUGCCUGAAAAUGAACCAGGAAGCAGUAUUAUGCCAGGCAAGGUGAACCCUACCCAGUGUGAAGCCAUGACCAUGGUUGCAGCCCAGGUCAUGGGGAACCACGUCGCUGUUACCGUUGGAGGCAGCAAUGGACAUUUUGAGUUGAAUGUUUUCAAGCCAAUGAUGAUUAAAAAUGUGUUACACUCAGCCAGGCUGCUGGGGGAUGCGGCAGUUUCCUUCACAGAAAACUGCGUGGUGGGAAUCCAGGCCAACACGGAGAGGAUCAGCAAGCUCAUGAGCGAAUCCCUGAUGUUGGUGACAGCUCUUAAUCCUCAUAUAGGGUAUGACAAGGCAGCAAAGAUUGCUAAGACGGCACACAAGAAUGGGUCAACCUUAAAGGCAACUGCCGUGGAGCUUGGCUAUCUCACGGCGGAGCAGUUUGAUGAGUGGGUAAAGCCCAAGGACAUGCUGGGUCCACAGUGAUGUCAGUGAAUUUGUAAUAAAAAUAAUGUAUGAGAUAAAAAAUGAA